CCCCUCCCUCCCUCCCCACCAACCUCCUAAUUCCAGAACCAUGACCGCAGCGCCAAAGCCGGGCCCGGCGAAUCUCCGACCCGGAGCCGGUCUCGACGAGUGGCUCGAAGAAGCAAAACAAUGCCACUACCUACCAGAGUCUGUCAUGAAGCAGCUCUGCGAAAUGGUCAAAGAGGUCCUGAUGGAGGAGUCCAACAUCCAACCAGUAGUCACCCCUGUCACCAUCUGCGGCGACAUCCACGGCCAGUUCUACGAUCUCCUAGAGCUCUUCAGAGUGGCUGGUGGCAUGCCGGGCGACAACAACGUCCAGGCGCCCCAGACAGUCACAGCAGUCAUCACAUCCGACGACAUUGAGCCCCCGAGCGAAAUCACCGAUCCCAAGCUGCAAAAGAAGGUCAUAAAUUCUGGCCCAGCCCAAAUAAGUACAGAUCCAAACGAAACGAUCGUCGAGGGGGACACAACCACCGAAGCCAUCCUCCCUCCAAACGAGGGGCUCACCCAGUCAGCAGACACCAAGUUUGUCUUUUUAGGCGAUUUCGUCGACAGAGGGUAUUUCAGUCUGGAAACAUUUACUCUCUUAAUGUGUCUAAAAGCCAAAUACCCCGACAGAAUAGUCCUCGUCCGCGGCAACCACGAAUCCCGUCAAAUCACCCAAGUCUACGGCUUCUACGAAGAAUGCCAGCAGAAAUACGGCAACGCCUCCGUUUGGAAGGCCUGCUGUCAAGUCUUUGACUUUCUAGUCCUCGCAGCAAUCGUGGACGGGACCGUCCUGUGCGUCCACGGCGGCCUGUCACCCGAAAUUAGAACUAUCGACCAGAUCCGUGUUGUGGCUAGAGCGCAGGAGAUCCCGCAUGAAGGCGCGUUUUGCGAUUUGGUGUGGAGUGACCCAGAGGAUAUCGACACGUGGGCGGUGAGUCCGAGAGGAGCGGGUUGGCUGUUUGGCGAUAAGGUCGCUACCGAGUUUAACCACGUGAAUGGGCUGAAGACGAUUGCGAGGGCGCAUCAGUUGGUGAAUGAGGGUUACAAGUAUCACUUUAGCGAACGGUCGGUGGUGACGGUCUGGUCAGCACCGAAUUACUGCUAUCGCUGUGGUAAUGUGGCGUCGAUCAUGACGGUGGACGAGCAGCUCAAUACCAAGUUUAGCAUCUUCUCGGCUGUGCCGGAUGAUCAGCGCCAUGUGCCAGCUGGGAGGCGAGGGCCGGGUGAUUACUUCCUGUAG